AUGGCACUGAAUUGGGUAAUGAUUGCUUCUGAUGGGAAAAGUCCAGUUCCCCUUCCUGGAGAAAAAAUAUUAUUCAGACAAGAAAAAGUUAACUUUUUGCUAGAAAUUGGCGGUCCUUAUUACUUGAUUAGUGGAUAUCCCGGAAAUCCGGGUGAUUUUAAAGCUGAAGGAAAUAUUUUUAUUACGAACCAACGUGUUAUAUUUAUUUCUCGCCCAUCUCUACCUGACUUUAAAUCUUUAAGCAUACCUCUUUUGAAUUUGAGAGAAGGAAAACUUCAACAACCUUGGUUUGGGGCUAAUUAUUAUCAAGCAAAUUUAAUGCCAGUACAAAAUGGUGGAUUACCAUCUCCCGGACAGAUGAAAAUUACCUUUAAAGAAGGAGGUGGAUAUGACUUCAGCUCAUGUUAUACCGAAUUGAUACAGAGGCUAACGGAGAAUGAUGGUUUUGUUCAUGUUGAGCAUACUGAACCAUUACCGACUUAUACGCCACGAGAAGAUUCCACAUCGCCGUUAACAACUACACAAACAUCAACAGCGGCAUCUGAUAUUGCUGCACCAAUGGAACCACCAUUCAUUAAUGCAACUUCACCAUUCAUUAAUGCAACAUCACCAUCUCAAUUUACUUUUGUAAGAUCUCCAGAUGAGUUACCGCCAAGUUAUGAUGAAAUAGCAAUUUGA